AUGCAAAUUCUAGUCCCCCCAGCGUGUUUUGAUGCUCAAAAAUUCCAACUCGAAAAAUACGAUAGCUCGAAAGAUUCGGCCAAUAAAACACUUCGAUUCGGGCUACCAUGGUUUUGGCGAAAAAAGGAAACACAAAAUAGCUUUCAUUAUUUUUAUUCUUGAUGAUUUCUGCCCUUAUUUUCAGCUUUAUUUUGCUUGAAACAGUGAGAUUUUUCCCAAGAUUUUUAGAGCCAAUUUUAAAAAAUUCCAGAUCUGCUGCUACCAGAUUAUCCUGAUCUAUGGAACAUUGAAUGUGUCGGAUGUUUUAAGCACAACAAAUUCAGAUUCAUAUGAAUCAUGUUCAAAUGUAUGUUUAUCAAAUAUAAAUUGUGUUUCUCUAUUUUAUAUUCCAUCUUCUCAAUCUUGUUCUAUUUAUUCUAUUUAUCAAGUCAAUUCCUAUCACAAAAAUGAUAGUUUGGAAACUAUUGUUGGAAUUAAGGUAAGUCAAGGGGCUUCUGAGAUAGUGUAGUAUCUCAGAAAUCUUUUCCCUGAUUUAUACGUUUCAAAAUUUUCAUAUUUCAAAGAAUGCUUGAAAAAUUGAUAUGUAUUUUGAUUCUAUAAAAUGAGCAAAAGAAAUUAGGGGGACUAAAAUUUCCAUGCAAAACCUAGUCCCCAAUUCCAAUUUUAGGUUUCCCCAGACAAACUCAUCUAGUUCAACUCACUGUGUUUUUUUCCAAUGGAAAAAUGCAGUUCAUGAGAGACGCAGAGAUUUUGUGUGGUCUCGCAGCGAUUCACCUGACCGACGGGGAAGAGUACGGUUCUGCCGUUGGUCUCGCGGCGAUUUAACUUGAAAAAUUUCCCGCCGAAAAACAUGGGGUUGUCAUUGCGGAGUGACGUUUAAAAUUGACAAAUUAAGAAGAUCUCUAGAACCUCUAGCUUAUCGAAACCAAUAAAAUCAGAGGGACUAGAAUUUGCAAAACCUAGUCCCCCAUCAUUUUCUUCCAGACAAACACUUCUAGUUCAACCUGCUCUUCUUCAUUUUCCGAUGUCAAUUUAUCCGGUGAUGUAAAUGGAAUCGCAUAUCAAUUUUCAAGUUCAGAUUCCACUUUCAGUCAUGAAACUUGUCCUGAUGGAUAUAAACAAUUUACACGAACUCGUGGAAUUUGGUGUAUGAAAUUGAUCUAUGAAACAGCAACAUUCCCAUUUGAUUUUGAUUACUGUGAAAAAAAUGAUGCACUUCCAACAGGCUUCGAUAAUUCAGCUGAAGUUGCAUACAUCACUUCAGAAAUUGUGUCACUUUCCCUAACUGGAAGUUAUUUCGGCAUGGAUGGUUUGCGAAGUCCUUCAUGCUAUAAUUCCAGCGCUGUUUGGUGUGAUGAUUAUAUCUGGUCGAAUAAUUACACAAGUUAUCCCACUUUAAUCAAUUGGCUGGCUGGUGAACCUUCCAGAUAUACUUCUGUAUAUCAGGAGGAUUAUAUGACGAUUAUUGUGAUUAGUGGCGGUUCGGAAGUCAAUAUUUUCAAUGAUGCUUCGUAUGCCGCGUGGAUUCAGGGAUUUGUGUGUGGAGUUCCGUUGGGAAAUUGGGAUUUUGAUUGA